AUGCGGCGAUGUACCAGAUUUACAUAUGUUGUUGUGUUUUUGAUUGUUUGUGCCGCCCUUGACAGUGUUAUAAAUGUAGGGCAAUUGAGUGUCUUUCUUAGAACGAAACUCCAUUAUGCUUAUGGGCCGGAUACUGGUUUAUAUUCUACAGGAUUUAAAUUAAGAAGAAAUAUAUCUUUGGAAUAUUGUCAGGCUGUUCCAGAUUCACUUGAAGGAAGGCUGAACAUUGACCUUGAGGCGACACUGCAGUCUGGACCGCCCCCGGAUCUCCAGGAUGUGUUGCCAGGUGGCACGUGGAGUCCGAAGAGCUGCAUUGCUAGGCAAAGGAUAGCGAUCAUCAUACCUUUUCGUGACAGACAAAAACAUUUGGACAUUCUAGUUUAUAAUCUAGUUCCGGUAUUAAAACGACAAAAUUUGUCCUUCCAAGUGGUUGUGGUAGAACAGUACGGCAACAAAACCUUCAACAAGGGUCGGCUUAUGAACAUCGGGUUUACGGAAGCGCGGAAACACGAUGAGUUUGACUGCUUCAUCUUCCACGACGUCGAUCUCAUACCGGAAGACGACAGGAACAUGUACACGUGCUCUGAUAACCCUCGUCAUAUGUCCCCGGCCGUGGAUAAGUUUAAUUAUACAAUGCUGUACAAGAGUCUGGUGGGUGGGGUACUCAGUUUCCGGGGUAAACAUUUCACCAAAGUGAACGGUUAUUCGAACCUUUUCUGGGGCUGGGGCGCUGAGGAUGACGAUAUGCAUACAAGACUUUCAGCCUCGAAGUUAAGUGUUGAACGGCCCUCAAUUACUAUUGGACGGUAUACAAUGAUAAAACACGACAGAAAAGAUGUUUCCAAAGUCAGAUUGGGCCUUUUAAAAACAUCGAUAACACGUUACUUAAAAGACGGCCUUAAUACUUUGGAGUACAAAUUGGUUGAAACCCGACUUGAGAAGCUGUACACACGUAUGAUAGCGGAUGUGGGUGAUCCCCCGUAG